AUGCAUUUUCCUUCCAUUAGAAGCCCUCGUGCCACAGUGUCCUGCAUAGUAGAUGCGUACGCCAGGGACCACAGUCUGAUACUAUCUGUGGAGCAUAAAAACACGCUGAUUGACUAUCUCAUGCCGUACACCAAGCUCUCUCUGUACAUUCCGUCAUCGCACGAAAUAAGAACUCUUGCAAAAGUGUCCCUAAACAGAGAAGACCAAGAGAAAAUAGAUGAGAUCCUGUGCAAUAGCACAGCAGAAACACGCAAAGCGCUUUAUUUCCUGUUCAAAAUAAAGAACAAGAUAGGAGCAAAUAGUGUGAGUGCAGCUGCAAAUAAACUAGACACAGAAGAGAUGGCAAUGGGUGCUGUCAAAAAUGCGAGUAUAGGGGUGUAUAUGUCGUGGUUCAGAGAAAUAGCAGACGGAAAAAGCGAGUAUUUGAGGAAGAGUAUAGAGGCUGGCUUGUUUGAUAUAUGCUACACAGUGCACAGGGCAGGAGAAGCGUAUCUUUACCUCACUAAAAGAACAUUCACAGAGGGACCAGAGUCUACAAAGCCAUUCUACACCGUGCUCAAAAGACACCUGGACCGAUAUAGAAGCAGAAUCUAUUCAGAGACAGCGAGCGAUCUUUUCUCUUUUUACAUUGCUCAUAAUGAUGGUAUGCAGUGGAUUAUGAGAUUGCACCAUCUAGCGCAGGAGAUACUGCUGUAUGAAGAGAAGGACAAUGAAGCUGGGUGCAUAGUUGAGUUUACAAACAAAAUAAUAAAAUCGCCCUGGACAGAAAGAUUUGCUGAAGAGGUGCUGGAGGAGUACAGAGCGCCACUAUCGGACGGAGUGGUUAAAUGGAUGAACGGAUGUGCUGCUGUAAAUGGAUUCAUAAAAGAAAAGCCCCAGAGAACGAUUGAACAGAAAAGCAGAGGGUAUAGCGGCGUAUUGGAUAAAAUGAGCAUUAAAAACACCAUAAAUAGAAAUAUUGCUGAUAGCAACGACAAUAUGAUCCUUGCAGAUGGAGUACAUGAAAGCACUGCUGAUGAGAAUGACACUGUCUGGAGCAGAUCCGUGCUUGUAGAAAGAGAAAUACCGGCCAGCAUAUCGAAGGAAACAGCACGGCAGAUAGUCUACAUCGGGAGAACAAACAGACUUAUUCCUCUGCUAAAUAAAAAUAAUGAGUUUCAUCUGAGCACAGCGCCUGCUGAUGGCAUAUUCAAUGCACAGUGGAUUGCAGGUGCCUACGAAGAUGCUCAGCGAAUGAUAAAACACAAGCUAUUCGGAGAGUUUAAGAUACACGACCAUCUCAAAAGGAUAAGAGACGUUUUCUUUCUGUUUAGAAAUGAUUUUUCAUACGAUCUGUUUGUCUCUGUUGAGUCGCUAUUUUCCUCGGGCAUGUCGCUAGACUCUUCUUUGGUAGACGAGGUGUUGGACAGGUGCUUUGGCGUGGAAAUGGCAGAGUUUGUCGAUGUGAUCGUAAAAAAUAACAACUUUUCGCUUAUCUAUAAGGAAGUUUUCCCGUAUAAUUUGGCAGUUGGAAACAUAAAAAGCAUGCUGGUAGAGGGAUUUGAUCUAUUUUGGAACCUAAGAAUGGCAAUACAUGGAAUAUACAGAAUGCACCAAGAAAACAGAACAGCGCAGACAUGCCUAGUGGCACAUAGAGCAGGGGAGCUGGAGUACUACUAUUUUGAAAAAGUGCUUAGAACAAUGUGGAAGUUCAAAGGGCUUCCAGAAGACGUUUUGUACAACCCCGAGAAAAUAUCCAAGAAAGUAGAAGAUAUACUUUACCACCUAAUAUGCACCUGUAAAGAAACAUGCACACUUUCUAUUCUGCAAAAGAUAAGAGAACUGCUCAAACAGGAAGUCACUUCUUCCAGUGUAAGCAUGAUAAACAAUCUGCUACAAAGAAUAACACCAGAAUAA